AUGGUAGAGAAUUCUCUAGGCUAUAGUCUUCAUGGCAUGAUGAAUGAUUUCCAAGAAGAUGAUUAUUGGUUGAUGAAGGAAACUAUGCUAUGUAGUGUUGAUCAAAUCAAUCAACACAACAUCGAUGAAGUGGUGCUAGAUGAUAAUAUUGCAUCAACGAGCGUUUCACUUUUUGGAUAUGACUCAGUUGAUUCUUUCAACUUCUCUCCUCAUGCAACUGAUAGUAAUAACAAUAGAACUACGAAUAUCGUAGAAUCCAAAAAGAAAUCAUUCAAGAAAGUGGUUCAUUGGUCAUGUGAUGAACACAUGCGUUUCUUGAAGGGACUUGUAGACGGCAAAGACGGAAAGUGGAAAGAAAUCUCUAAGGACUAUGUAAAAACAAAGACUCCACCCCAAGUAGCAAGCCAUGCUCAAAAGUACGAAAAAAGGCAAAAGCAAAGACUUGAUGAUGAUAGCAAAAAUAUGAAAAGGAAACUUAGGGCUAGCAUCCAUGAUAUAACUACUCUUGAUCUUCUUGGAAGUGAUGACUCAUAUGCGUGGUUUUUUGGUGACCAAGUGAUUGAAGACGACAACAAUAACAAUAGAUCACUCUCAGUCACAACUUUCAACCAAGAAUGUGAUCAAGAUCAUGAAGUUGUUGCUUCCACUUGA